CAGAGGAGGAAAUCCACUUCUAGACUUCUAAAAUCAGCACCUGCUCAUCCAUGGUGUCAUUGGGAUGAAAUGCUGUCUAUAAACCUUUGACUUGUUCGUCCCCGCCCAUUUGGAGCAUUUCAUUUUGAAAAAAAGCCGGAUGUUUUAUUUUGUGUCUGUGCCUGACUUAAUCUGUGUUGAAUUUAUCCGGCAUGCUCCUGCGUCUGGAAAAAAUAUAACCGUUGCGAUCAGCUGCAGAGUCCGGCGAUCCGCAGCUGAACGGAAAGAAGCCGGUGGAAAUUGACACAUUAACUUGAAUGGUUACGAUCAGCUAUGAUCGGUGAAUACGGCCUUUUCAUAGCCGUUCCGGAUGCAUUGGAAAUUGGGGGUAUGAAUGAAGACUCUGCUUAACACUGCAGUUCCUUUACUGUCCACUAGAGGCUGACCCCAAAAGUCUAAGUGACGCUAUUAAUACCUGUGUUAAAAUGCCCACCUUUACUGCAGAAGUAGCCCUUUAUUGCCUUUUGUAUCAUAUUUGAUACAUACUUCUAUCAAAUCAAUAUGAUCGACAAAUUACUAAAAACACCUGAAUACAGUCCGAUAAAUGAUAAAAAUGUCCUCUUGUGAUUUAUCAGUUUCCAAAAACAUCUAAUGUAUCAAACAAGAUAAAUAAACAUAUUUGUUAAAUUUUAAGGACAUUUUGAUCUUUUUGGUUUUCAGUAGUUAGUGAAAUAAACAUUUCAGCUCCAAAAAAAAUUGAAUUUUCUGGCCAUAAUAUGUGGUUUCGGCCAUUAAAGGGAUAAACAUCUUUAUAGCUGGGUUAAAAAUGAUAAGGGGUGUAACUGGACUGGACAUUAUAAGCAGUAGUUUACUUAAAGCAAUGGUGUGGAGUUUGACAUUCAUACUGAUGCCUUACUAUGAGAUACAAAAGUAAACUAAUCCAUCAGCGAAAUGUUUAAAGACUUCUAUGUCAUGAUUGUAAUGACUGAAACCAGCAUGAGGGGUAAGUGUCAGCUGAGCAGCUGGUAAUAUAAUAAUAUAAUCUUGUUAUUAAACACACCCCUCCCUUAACAGAUGUAUCUCCUAAUUUCUGUGGGAUGCAGGGAAAGGUGUCCCUUGUUUCAGGCGCUUUAAACAGAGAAAAGUCUAAAAGCACAGCAACAUCUGCUGCAUUAAAGUAAAAGCCAACAGACACAAUCUUGAUAGCUCUACUAAAAGCAAAGUUAUUUGUUAAAUCCACCGAGGCCUCAAACAUCACAAGAACAAAGAAACAAAAAAGCUAUUUACUCUGUAAGUCUCUUUUUUUUUUUAAUACAACAAGGUUUACGUGACAUGAAAGAGCAAGGAUAAACAGACCUGCAUCCACGGAGAGAGAGACUUAAGACGGUUGACUUGGUUGAUCAAACAGUAGAAAACCUGACCAACCUGACGGCCAUCACUGGUGGCCUCUCAUCUGUCGGCCCUGGAGAGGAGACUACUGUGUGGCACUUAAAUGACAAGGGUGUGAAGUGACAGAUGAGAAGCAAACACACAGAGGUCAAAUCGCUCGGCACGCUGAAAGAGAGGGAAAUUUUGUUGUAACUUGAGUGCUGUGAUUUGAAAAAGUCAUGAAACUUCAGGUGGCGACACAUCAUUAUGUCAAAGCCAGCUCACCAGGAUUGGAGUUUUCAGCAGUAACAUGAGUGGACCUAAACCACUGGUGCAUUAAAAACUCUGAACAACAACUACACAAAAUAAAUAUGUACAAUUUCGAUUAACAGCAUUAAAUAGUCCAAUAAUUCAAUAAAUUUGGCUUUAUUUGACAUAUCAGAAAAGUAGCCUAACUUGCCAUGAUUCAGUAUUUAAUGAUGGGAUUUCUUCCUCCCCCUUUCCCCUCCUCCCCCUCUCCUCCAUCUCUCUGACAGUGGGAGACAUAAUCAGGUUUUGCCAGAUUUGGGAGUAGAUUAGCUGCCACCUUGCCUGCAGAUAAGAAGCUGUGCUGAUAAAGCCCUGUCCUACGAGGCACAUGGCUGUGAUUUAAACUCCAUAUCUGACAGGAGCAGAUCUGCUAAGAACACAAUUAAGACACUGUCUGGCCAUAUCUGCUCUAACUCCACUUGUGUCUGCUAAUCCCUUCACUCUGUGUUGGAGAAGAUGUGAAGAAAAAAAAAAAAACAGGAUACUGACAAACUUUUUGGAGUUUAUGGAUGGAUAUAAACAAAUUCUUGAACUGACAUGGGAUAAAACAGAUUCCUUAUUUUUUUAACUUGUCUAAGUUUGACCACUACAACUUUAGAUAAGGUUAUUCCACAGAUUGUCAACAGUUGCUUUAAAGUAGUUUAACAAUACUAAAGUGAUAGAACUCAGGUAAAACCUCUGUAAAACAGACAGCCACCCUUAGGGUUGGUCAGAAGUGAAGGAGUACCUCAGGGAUCUAUUUUAGGUCCUCAUUCAUUUACCAUGACACAUACUGCAAAAUAUGGAGUACAGUUUGUGCAAUUAAUACAUUUUAAUAACAUUUUUAUUACAUUAAUACAUAACUGAGUAACUCCUGUUUUGCCAUGUGGGUUGCAAUCCUGCUAGCUUUGAGGAUGGUAGCUAACUGUGCAGUAAGGAAAAAAUACUGCCAGACCGUUUCUGUCAUCUGUGGUUGUGGUUGGAAGAGCAUUGGUUGGUUGGCUUACAGCUUAAAAAUAACAUGUGACUAGAAUUUCCUACCUAAAACAAUAUAGAUAUUAGUUUGAAUUGAUAUGAAAACACUAGCUUGUGAAAAAGUAUAGAAGCAGGGGUGACACGUAAUUGUUUUGGCAACUAAUCUCAAGCAAGUCAACAUAACCCAUCAGCUGAGUGAAAUUAAACAGCAUUUUCAAUUAGUAGAGACUCCAAAAGGUUGAUUUGUUCAACAGUAUAACACUUUUUUCCCCCUUAAAUGCUCGAUUUUAUCUGAAUGAAACAGUUAAAUUGCUGCACCACAAGACUGGUCCAUCUUGUCAUCUUGUCCAUCUUGCACAUAAGCGCCAUCUUCUGGGUAAAAUACUGCAACAGGUGUGUGGGUUGCAGCACACUGUGUAAAUGACAAAAAAGUUAUUAAAAGUAUUUAUUUUACACCAAAUGUACUCAAUAUGAUCAACUGUGGGGAAGGCAUAUAACAUAAUAAUUGUAGAUAGGGUACAUAUUGGUACUCAAUACACCCCAUGUAUUUGAUUUAGUGAAUAGGAAACGCGGUAUAACCUCCUGCUGCCCUGGAAUUAGAUGAUGUUGAGCUGAUCCAAUCUGGUCUCUGAUCUUCUUAAGAAAAACACAACAUGGAAAAUUGUAGUUGUAACGUUACCCUUUAAAAAGGGUGAAACUAAUCUGGUUAGAAGACACAACCUGCCUAUCUCAGCCUUGUCGUAAUCCUGUGAACCCGAGACAAACAGGAGAGGCAUUAAAUGAGUAAAUAUAACACUACAGCUUUUAUCCUUAAUCCAAUUUCUUCAGGCUUUUCCAAACAUCUAUUUUUGUCCCAUUUUCCACCUCUGGGUAAUUAGUAAUAACACUAAAACAGGGCCUUUUUGAGAGCUCAGUGUAUUGAGACAUGCAUUUACACAGGCUUUUCAACAGCAUGCUGCAUCCUGCAAGAAAAUGCUGCUACUUGUCCUAAUAAAAGGCCAAAGCUGUGUGUGUGUGUGUGUGUGUGUGUGUGUGUGUGUGUGUGUGUGUGUGUGUGUGUGUGUGUGUGUGUGUGUGUGUGUGUGUGUGUGUGUGUGUGUGUAAAAUAGCCAGGUGAGUGCAGCUGAAUCUGCUUGGAUAAACUUGCCAGCCACAAAUCCAAACCUUGAAUUCCACUUCACAGUGGAUGAAAUGAUAAAAAAAAUAGCUGCAUGUGCGUCCCAACAGCAUCGGUAUUGCUGGCAUUUAUUUAUGUUUUCAGCCUCUUUGUUGAUGGAUGCAUUUAAGAUUAUCUCCAUGUCCUGAACAGCUGGAAUGAAUCUGUACCAACCCCUAUCUGCCUAAACCCAUAACUUGUGGUCCAUCUUUCUGCAAAUAGCAGUGUUCUGUACGAGUCAUAAUCGGGAUGCUUUUGUUACCACAAAUGCCUUCACACAACAUUUUCAGCUCUUGUACAGUUUGAGUUUGCGUCUUACUUAUGUACAUGCAUGAUUGUGAGGAGGCAGGUGAGCAGGUUUACUGAUAUAAUCCUUAACAGCCUUUUCACUGUGUAACAUAGGUCUUCCAGACAAAGUAGAAUAACUUUUAAAUAAAUCUUGUUUCAUUCUGAAGGGAGAGCAACAAGCUACUUGCACUAAAGUAAAGAUUGGGGAGCAUCUUGUGAAGUUAAACUUAAGUAUGGGUUUCACAAGUAGUUUUUCAUAAGCUAAAUGUGUUUUUUUGUCAAAUAUUCUCAAAGUGACAAUCCUUUUCACAAUGUAGUGCUUUGAAUACUUUAAAGAUUAAGUAUUCUAUUUUUUAGAAACCUGUAAAACCAAACAUAGAGUAAAGUAAUGACCUAUUAAUUCUACUGAAUUGACAGCGAAGCUCUUCUUUUUAUUUUUUUUUAUCCACUUUUUUUCUCCGACAUUUUCCUUACAACUGUAUUAUUGUUUAUUUAUAAUUUAUAUUUAUAUAUAUAUAUUUAUUUAUGUAUUUAUGAUGAAACUCGGAAAUUUACAACUAAAUACCUGUUAAUGUAUGACCUUGUUUUUUUUAUACUUUAACUUUUAAUUUAAAAAAUGUAGAACUUUUUUCUUUUUGCAACCUUUUUCUCAUAAAAUUGCUGCUUUAUUCUUGUAAACUGAUGAAUUUAUUCACUGAAAAUAAGACUUAAUUCUUGUGAAUAUGCAGUUAAAUUCAAGUUAUAACUUUGUUGUUGUUAGAUUUUAUUUUUGUCCUCAUUAAGUUAACUUUUUUCCGACUUUUCUCAUCAUAUUCAACUUUGCCGUUGUAAUCUCAUUAACUUAUCGUUGAAAUCUCAGUUUUUCUGUCCUCUGUUCUUGUCCUUUGAACUAGGCUUUCUCACAUUUGUGAUGGUUGAUUGCUCCUCACAUUUAUUUUCAGAGACCCUUAACUUUGAUAUCAUAUUAACAUUUUUACUACUUCAAGCCUCAUCUUCAGAAGUUUUGAAGGCUGAUGAAGCAAAUAAAAGCUAAAAAGGACACUUCCGUGACGAGCUUAUCUUUCACAAACAACAAACUUCUUUUAUCAGCAAGUUCAAACUCCUAACAACCUUCAUUUUUGGUAAUCAGUAUCAUCGAUUUACUCAAGCAAUUUCCCUGACCUGUGCUGCUGCAGACCUUACUCAUGAGAUCUCCUUUGGGGAAUCAUUAUCUCGAUAAAUAAAUAUCCACAGGGGGGCUGAAUGCUUCCUUUAACCCCCAUUUAUUAUUCAGAGAUAGUGGAGUGGAGUGAGAACUACAGUGAGGAGAAAACACUGAUGCCUAAGUGAUAUGAGCAACAACCAAUAUAGUUAGCGACGCUUUAAAGUAUCUGCACAGAAAGUUACAAGCAUACAGUAAUGUUUUGACCUUUUGUAACCCAUGGUGACCGCCUCUGUGUUUGACACAUUCAACUGUUCUCCAUCUUAGUACAGUAAGACAAUCUGUUGCAUGUAACCGGAUCCUUUUUGAAUGCAGAGAAAUGAAUGAAACAUGUGACAAGACGUGAGUAGUUAUCCGCCAAUCUUGCCGGGUGUUUGUUGGCAGAUGGGUCUUUUGUCGGGGUAAUUUGUUUGACAGAAUAACCAGGUAGAUAAUUACCUGUUGCUUUUGUGUCUAUUGGAGCCAUUGUUGUGUUAAAAAAACAUCCUGAUAGUGAAUAUUCAUUGGUUGGAAGGGCAACUAAAGGGGGUCAUUCUGUAAAGUUGACCUAAGGGAACAUGUUUUUUUGUCGUUUUAACACCUGAUUUAACAAAUUUAACUGUUUUUGGCAUAUUGAACAAAGAAAAUCUGUAAAAAAUCUAAACCUGAGAGCACUUUUGACAGUUUCCCUCCUAAAAUUACAAGUUAAGUUAAAGUCUUGUGUUAAAACUAUAAACUAAAUUUACUUUUCUCAAACCUCAGCUGCACAUAGGCUCAGUUGCAUUAGAUUGGCCCUCUAUUCACCCGGGAUGCAAAUAAACAUGAUAGGGUUUUAAGAGGUUGGGGCGGAAAGGGGUGUGACCGUGGUGUUGUGUUUCAUGUCAAACCACCUGGAGAGGAGACACUUAAAGCGCGCGGGUUCAGGGUGCCAGCGCCAGUAGAGAGGACAAACACGCAGAGAAGGCCACAUACUUGAAUGACUACACUCCACUAGCUGAACUGGACUCUGCAGUAAUGGACGGCAGGAUCAGACCGCUUGGCAUGCCCGGGCACACCGCUAACCCACUCGGUGGCUUGCAGGUGCCGCCUUCCCUUCUGCGCCCUCCGCCCCUCUUCCUCCGGGCUUGCAACCCCGCGCUGGAGAGGGGGUACCCGCGCACCCCUAAGUGUGCCCGAUGCAGAAAUCACGGUGUGGUAUCCGCGCUGAAAGGCCACAAGCGCUUCUGCCGCUGGAGGGACUGCGUGUGCGCAAAGUGCACCCUGAUAGCGGAACGACAGCGCGUGAUGGCCGCGCAGGUGGCGCUGAGGAGGCAGCAGGCACAGGAGGAGAGCGAGGCCCGUGAGCUGCGGCUCUUGUACCCCGGAUCGGAGGCAGGUAUCCCUCAAGGGUCCCCUGUUGGCACCGGAGUUCCAACAGCAACCAACACUCCGAGUUUUGAUGUUUUUGGAGCAGAAAACCUGAAAGAAGGUAUGUUAAAACACAAAAGUGCUGAUUUGAGUUUCACUGUUACGAUGACUAAAAAGCCCUGCAGCCGUAAAUCACUGUUGUUAUCAAAUUACUAAAGACAAAGCGUAAAAUGAACCUAAAGCUGUAGAUUUGCGCAUUUUACGCACAACUUAGAUAACAAGAGCAUAAUUUUGACCGUGUUUUCUUUUUCCAUUUAAGAUGACAAAUCAAGCAAAUUCAAUUUAUACAACGGAUUCAUGGGUCGACCACUCUUUGCCCCCCACACCACAAGCCUGCCCCCAACAAAUGACAAGAAGGAUCUGUCUCCAAACAGAGAGAGCGUCACUUCACUAAACGAUGACAGUGUGAGUCCAUCGCCGGUGUUUGAGAGCCCACAGACGUCACUCUCCUCCUCCGAUCCAGAGUCUGGGAGUGAAUCUGAGAAACCCAGAGACUACUCGAACAUGGACCGGGACCCCACUGAUAUUAUGGCAAAGAUCUUCCCCCAUCAGAAGCGAGACACCUUGGAGUCCAUGGUGAGAACAUGCAAAGGGGACAUUGUGAGGUCCAUCGAGCUUGCACUCAGCUCCAAAGAGAAUAAAUCUGACCCUGAGGUGCCCAAGCUUUCUGCUGGCUUCCCUGGGGCGCUCGGUGCUCUCGGGAACAAAUCAGCCUUCUCCCCGCUCCACCUGCCACCAACGCCCGCAGGUGGUGACAGUCUGUACGGACUCGGGCCUCGUCUCGGCGUCAGCCCCCUGCGGAUGGCCUACUCCUCUCCAAACGGUGCCAUGGCAGGUUUUAUGUCACCGUACAUGACAUCAGGACUGAUGCCAGUGUUUCCACUGCGCCCACCUUUGGACUCUUAUUCCUUUCCGGGCAUGAUCAGGGACCUUGCUUACUUCCAGGGCAAGGAGUCACUAUGCAGUACAGGACUUUACGCACGACUUAACGCAGAGAAAUGACGGGCAUGACGAAUCUGCGGUUCAAUUCUAAUUUAAAUUCACCACUCAAGUGCCUAAAACCAAGCUUACAUUGUUUGAAAUAAGUGCUUACCGAAAACUUAACUGAAAAAAGAACUUGACUGUUUUUAUAAAAUGUACAAAUACGUUGUAAAAAGUUUUUAAUAUUAUAAAUAAAACUGUCAAAAUAUGCUCUUGUAUGUGCCCUUGAUUUUCUUCACCAACUGUAUGUAUGUAUGUAUGUAUGUAUGAAUUCCCAUGGUAUGACACAAUACACAUGAAGCGUCAGUUGUUAUACAACAGUUUCAUGUGCAGUAGGGGAGACCAGGACUAAGGUAAGUUGUCACAUUGCAAUUAUCUUUGCCACCAGAGGGCGCAACUAAAAAGUGGAAUACUAGUUUUCUUCCUUUACAUGGUCAGGGGUCGUGUCCUGUCUGAGAAGAGAAGAGCACAUUGAGAGCCGAGAUGAGCGUCAAUUAACCAUUUCACACAACCCAAAGUAAAAAAAAUAACUAUAUAUUUAAAAAAAGCUUCCUCCAGAUAAAAAUCCUAGCAGUGACACAUGUGGACUUGUUAGAGGAGAGAUUAAGGCAUCCUGUCAUACCUCAGUCAUUGUUCUGUUUUAAGCUUUAAUAAGCAAACAUGGUAGUUUGGGGCAACAUGUCUCAGUUAUUCUGGGGUUAGAUGUCACAUGUUUAAAAGGGAUUCAAAUUAACAUAGAGAGUCUGCAUAUCAGCAGUUGUCAUAAUUAAAUUUUGACUUUAUUUUUACAGAAAAAAAGAGUAGUUUAAAGGAGAGGAGAAAGUGAGAAGACAUGGUCAGGAUUUACAAAAAAAAAAAAAAAACUGAACAUGGCGGUGCAGUACCUGACUGUUCAUAAUCACACUCUCUAUUUGAUUGCUUAUAACUCUGCACUGAAACAAGAUAUAAAAAUGACAUGAAUAUUAAAUAUAUACCUGAGACUUUGGUCUUUAAUCUGGUACACAUUUUGUUUGUAUAUGAUGUAUUGAUUUUAAGAUAUAUAUGUGUGUAAAAAGUGUGACAACAAGCCCCGGUCUCCCCUAUCUUGUAGUCAAGAAUCGCAACAGCAGGGCUUGUAUUAUAACUAACCAAUGUUUUACAGUUAUUCUUUAUUAUUUUAUCUAUGCAGAGUGAUAUACAAUAAAACCCACAAAAGAAACAAACCAAUGUAUAAAGUAAAUCCUACAAAUCAGAGAGCGUAAUCCAUGUUCAUCUUCAACACUAGUUAUAUCAGC